GGGAGAAACCCCCCCCCCCCUCAAUAUCCACUGAAACUCUUCUGAACGGCUUUGGAAAAAUCAGUUCCUCCUUCCCGUGCCAUCCGUGGAAACUCUCCCGGAGGUCUCCGCGGUCGGAGCCGGCCCCGUCUCCGCAGUGUCCAUGUGAAGAUCCCACGGAAGGGUCAAUGCUUCCCGAGGCUUUAGGAAUUCCCUCUCCUUUGCUUAUUCCAUGAACUGAAGAGUCCGGUUUUUCCCAUGACCCAUCUCUCCCCUCGGGAAAACACAGGCGCACAGUAGGUGGGGCACCAUGAGCGGCCUGGGCGACAGCUCCACGGAUCCCGCCAAUCCCGACUCCCGCAAGAGGAAGGGAUCCCCCUGCGACACGGCCCAGAGCGCGGAGAAGCGGCGCCGGGAGCAGGAGCACAAGUACCUGGAGGAGCUGGCGGAGCUGCUGUCGGCCAACAUCGGGGACAUCGACACCCUGAGCGUCAAACCCGACAAAUGCAAGAUCCUCCGGAAAACCGUGGAUCAGAUCCAGCAGAUGAAGAGGUUGGAGCAAGAGAAAGCGGCGGACGACGACGUCCAGAAAUCCGACAUCUCCUCCAGCAGCCAGGGCGUCAUCGAGAAGGAAUCCCUGGGACCUCUGCUCCUCGAGGCCCUGGACGGUUUCUUCUUCGUGGUGAACCGGGAAGGGCGGAUCGUGUUCGUGUCGGAGAACGUGACGGGAUACCUGGGAUACAACCAGGAGGAGCUGAUGAACACCAGCGUCUACAGCAUCCUGCACGUGGGCGACCACGCCGAGUUCGUCAAGAACCUGCUCCCCAAAUCCUUGGGUAAGGGGGGAAAAAUUCCCGAACGGAUCCAAGGAACGCCGAGCCCUCCGAGCGGAGACGCCAAAGGUUUUCCAAAGGCGACUUCUCCUCUCCUUUGCAGGGAUCACGGGAUGCUCUCCCCGCCGGAGAACCCCGGCUCCGGCAUGUCCCUGCCGCGCUCCGGCCCCGCCCUGACCCCCAACGUCUCUCCGGGGCCGGGAAUGGCGCUGCCUCCUCCUCCUCCCUCCGUCCCCAAUUCCAACGGCACCAUGGUGACCGGCAACGCCGGCCAACCCUCCGGCUACGGAUGUUCUCCCGGGAGCCAGCUGGGAGCCGCCGCCGGCGUCGCCGCCUUAAGCCAGAGCCAGGGUGGCAACCACGCCCUGCCCCUCGCCGGCUCGCCCAUGGGCAGCCCCGGCAUCGCCCCCCCGCCGCCGCCGCCGCAAUUCCUGUCCCCGCGCCACCGCCUCAGCCCCGGCCUGGUGCCGCGCUCCCGAGGGCCCGGCAACCCCUUCUCCCCCGCCGUGCCCUCCAUGCACUCGCCCGUGGGCAUGGCCGGCGGCGGGAAUGCCGGCGCCGGCGGGAACGCUCGCCCGUUCCCCGGCGGCGCUCCCGUGCCGGGGCUGCCGGAAGGGCCGGGAACGCCGGUGGGAUACUCCACGCCGCCGCCGCCGCCGCCGGUGCUGAGGCAGCUGAGCGGCUCUCAGAGCUCUCCCGGCCGCCUCGCCGGCAAAUCCGACUCCAAGGACAGCAAGGAGAUCGCCUCCAUCCUCAGCGAGAUGAUCCAGGCGGACGGCGGCGCCGGCAGCGGCGGCGCCGGCGGCGGGGAGGGCAAAGCGCUGGAUUCGGGAAUGCUGCACGCCGACGGCGACUCCAAGUGCUCGCAGGCCACCAGCCACAAGCUGGUGCAGCUCCUGGCCAGCACGGCGGAGCAGCAGCUCCGGCACGCCGCCGACGCCGACACCAGCUGCAAGGAAUCCUUGGUGACACUGGGAACUGGGAGCGCCGCCGGCACCGGCGGCACCGGCGGCACCGGCACCUGCCCGUCCUCCCACAGCUCCCUGACGGAGCGGCACAAGAUCCUGCACCGGCUGCUCCAGGAGGGAAGCCCGUCCGACCUCACCACGCUGGCCAUGGAGCACGAGAAGAAGGAGAGCGCUCCCAGCGCCGCUCCGGCACCGGCGGCGGCUCCGGCGGCGGCUCCGGCGGCGGAGGCGGAGGCGCUGAAGAAGAAGGACGUGAAGGACCACCAGCUGCUGAGGUACCUCCUGGACAAGGACGAGAAGGAGCUGGGGGCGGCGCCGGCGCUCAGCCUGGACGACGUGAAGGUGAAGGUGGAGAAGGCGGAGCCGGCGGUGGAUCCGUGUCACCCCGCGCCGGCCGCCGUUCCCAAGGCUCCGGCGGCGGCCGAGGAGGUCAAGAUGGAGACGCAGGGGCAGGUGAGCGGGAUGGAGGGGUGA